UUGUGAAAAACGUUUUUAUUGUCCUUACCAGUUUAGCACAAGUUUUAUAUUUAGGAAUUUUUUGGAUUUAGUAACUUCCAGUCCGUUUUUUGUUUUUUUGUUUUUGUUUAAAUUUCCUUCAUUGUAAAUUUCUCAAUUAAUAAUGGAUAUGGGAAGUUUUUGAGUUCACGUGGUAGGUGGGCCAGUCUAAGAUAGUUAUAGGUUAAAGGUAAACGUUUUUUUACAUUAUUGUCAUUGUCACACGAAUUUUUCAUUGACUUUUUCCUUUUGUUGUUUUUUUUGUGUGUUUGUUUUUUUUUUGGUUGUUGUUGUCUGCCAAACAUUUAAAACUAAAAUGGCGGAUAUGGGCAGUAGACCCGCCACACCAAGGACACCGGUCAGGAUGGUACAGGUAAACUUUGACCCUCCUCAUGUUUUGACCUCCGUUCCGGGGAUUGGACCGAAAUUGGCUAAAGCCAUUGUAAAUCUCCGGGAGAAUGCGGGUAACGUAUAUCCCGAAUCUCUGGGAAUACUAAUGCGGCGACCUCUGGAUGAAGAGGUCAUGCAGAUGCUGGACUUCCGUCCGAAUCCAAGGUUAUUUGCAAUAACCUUGGAUGAAGAUGAGGAAGAUAUGGGGCGGUUGUAUACUGGUGAGUUAGUCCCACACGGGGGGUGGGGGUUAGGUGCGCCAAGGAACCGGCCAGACGCACGAGAAAGGGCUGCGCUUACCGCAGAGAUUAACACCCUGGAGGAGAGUAUUUCGGAACUGCAAUCGCAGUUGCAAAAUUGGUCACAACCCCUGGUCCAAAGAUCACUUCCCAUUCCUGUCCAACACCAAUUGGCUGGUCCAGACCAAAUAUCAACACCCAGCCCCUCCUCCAGGCCAAGACCUUUCCUUUCCUUGCAGACUUUGUCUCAAACCCCCAUACCCCGAUAUUUAUCUCAUACCCCCGCUGGACGUAGGGAACAGAAGUUGCCGUGGGGAAGAGCAGACAGCGAGGCGGGUCUUAGGUGGCGCAGUCCAGUCGCCUAUAAAACCGAAGAACCUUCCCCCACAUACCCAUCACGCAUGCACCAGGGCGCAUUUGGAGGAAAAAUUGAGACGUCCCUACCCCAAGCAACCCUCAUGAAGGCAUUGCAAGAACUUCCCAAUCCUCCGACCACAAGCACACCUUACUUUAUUUAUCCAAAUCAUGGGUCUGUGCUAUCCAACCAGGUACCCAUCAAUCAACCUGUUUACAAUCAGCCCGCUAACCCGGUACCCAAUCAACCGGUACAAAAUCAGCCUGCUUACCAGGUACCCAACAACCAACCUAGCAUGUACAAUCAGCCUGCUACGUUGGUACCCAUCAACCAACCGGUACAAAAUCAGCCUGCUUACCAGGUACCCAACAACCAACCUAGCAUGUACAAUCAGCCUGCUACAUUGGUACCCAUUAAUCAGCCAGUACAAAAUCAGCCUGCUAAUCCAGUGCCCAUAAACCCACCUAGCCUACCCAAUCAGCAGGCUACUCUGGCGCUCAUCAACCCGCCGGUAAUACCGAGCCUUCCUAUUGCACUCCUGCCUGCAACUACACCAAACCCUGCUACUCGGGAUGUGAUUACCCGAAUACCUAAAACCUUACAGUUUGAUGGUCGAAGCAAUUGGCCCGUUUUCCGGGGCAAGUUUGAGCGCUAUGCCAAUUUGCACCAAUGGUCAGAUGAUGAGUGCGCUGAUGGGUUGGUUUGGUGUUUGGUGGGAAAAGCUGCGGACUUCUAUGCUGUAUUAACUGACGGCAGGAAAACUGUCCCUUAUAAGGAAUUACUGCAUCGUCUGGAAGAGCGUUUCGAUGCCAAAGAGCUCCCUGCUACUGCGCAAGGGCGUUUCCAGGCAAUUUCUCAGGGAGUAGGAGAAUCAUUGGAUGAGUGGUCGGAUCGCGUACUCACGCUAGCCACUAAGGCAUUCCGAGAUCUGCCCCAAGUAUACGCCACCGAGCAGGCAGUGGCAAAAUUCUGCCACGGGUUACAGGACAGAGAAACCGGCCGACAGUUCCAUUUAACCGUCCUGGGACAGGUGGAGCAAAUGGUGGGCAACGAGCAGGCCCCUUUCCAGGGAACGCUCCAAACCAAGGAUACAAUACCCAACGUCAGGGGAUGUUUAAUGGAGGUAGAGGUGGCGGAAGGGGGUAUCAAGGGCCUAACGCCUACGGAAGGGGCGUCGGAGGGAGAGGGAAUAAUCCUUUCGUCAAUCGAGGGUAUCCCUACCAGCCGGCGGUGA